GUUCACUGUGGAGAUGAGUUUGUGAUCGUUCAUAUGAUGCGAAAUAUUUUCCACUAGAAAUAUAACCGUGUGCUUUGUUAUUUCUUCAUCACAGUAAAUGGUUAAUAAGUUUAUUUAUUCUUAUGUUACUUAAAAGAAUUACUAAAUAUCUUAGAAGAAUUCAACAUUUUGAGUGUCAUUGCGAUAUUAUUUUGGCUUCAAAUACAGUUUUCGUUUUGUUCCUUGUGAUGCAUUAAUUCCUCGAGAUUCCACGAUACAAAUCGAGUUUACCGUUAUGAUUGCAGCAAUUGGACGUGGUACAGAUCGUGCAGUGACGCAGCGAACACGUGAGCCGCAUAUGGCACAUCUCGAAGAGAUGCCCGACGCAUUCGCAAUUCGAGAUAAGGCCUGCGCAGUGCAUGACCAAAUUCGUCAGUAAUGGCAGCACACCCAGGACGACUGAUCUUACUGAGAAAGGGCUUGUGUAAUAGCCCAUUAUGCUACGAGAGCUUUAAGAGAAACUUCAUUUGAACACACUCUGUAUAUGGUAUCUUUACCAUUAGCAAUUUUAUCAAUUCUAAUGAUCCGUCAAGACUGACACCCAGUUACAUGUUCUCCUAAACUUUCGUGUUCAUUUGUUUUUAUUGGUACAUUCGCUAGUAAUAUUCAUUGAAGUUAAAAUAAAACCUAAGUCUGAGUUGACUUCAAAAUUCAACAAUUAAAUGUGUACGAGGCGCCGAGCCACGACGCGACAUUGCGACUAUUGCCGUCUGUGAUAAGAUCGUAUUGUUUAUAUGUCGCAAUUAGUUCGUAUAAACAGUUGGCAUCAAUGAAACGCUAUACGCUUCCCCGAGCCGGCGGGCACUCGUUCGCGUGCAUCACGCGCUAUCUCGAGCUAGAGCCAUGUGGAGGCUGCAGCGAGCGAUGCAUAGUGCACGGCCGGCGAGGGGAGCCCCGCACGUCGCCGUGCCGUCCCACACCCGCCCGACCCACCGACCCAUCGAGCUCGCACUCAGUACCCCACGACACGUCUCGCCCAGCGCCCGCUGCGCCUUGCGAGACUCCGUGCGUUGUCACCGUUCACAAUAAUCUCCGCCGUGUAAAAAUAAGCCGGGCGACAGACAGUAACGUCCCAAGUUAUAUUUAAAUGAUAGCGCGGACGUGGGAUCGAACUCGCCUCGAUUGCUCAGCUGCAUCAUGAGGCUAACGCGCGGCAUAACAUGCGAGUGCGCGGGUGCGACCGCGUGCCCGCCCGGCGCGCCCAACGGCACCUGCGUGACGCAGCCGGGCGGCUACUGCUUUGUGGCCGUAGAAGAAGUGCUGGACGAUGCCGGGCGAGUAGUGCUCGACCGCAGCGCCGGCUGUCUGCCGCCUGACGAGUCGGGAUUCAUGCAGUGUAAGAGCGCGCAGGUGCCGCACCAGAACCCGAAGGGCAUCGAGUGUUGUUCGGACACGGACAUGUGCAACGUGCGGCUGCGGCCCCCCCUUCCCGCGCCACCCGCCGCCCCGCCCGCGCCUGCGCCCGCUCCCCCGCCCGCGCUGCUGGUGGCCGGCGCGCUGUGCGUGGCACUGCUGGCGGCGCUGGGAGCGCUACUGUUGCUGUGCCGCCGCCGCCGCCGCGGCAAGCGCCCGCCCUCACCCGCGCCUGCGUCGGUACCCGCCGCGGAGGUCUCCUCCGGCUCCGGCUCCGGCCUGCCGCUGCUCGUGCAGCGCACCGUCGCCAAGCAGAUCCAAAUGGUCGAGUCCAUCGGCAAGGGCCGCUACGGCGAGGUGUGGCUCGCGCGCUGGCGCGGCGAGAAGGUCGCCGUGAAGGUGUUCUUCACCACCGAGGAGGCGUCCUGGUUCCGCGAGACGGAGAUCUACCAGACGGUGCUGAUGCGCCACGAGAACAUCCUCGGCUUCAUCGCGGCCGACAUCAAGGGCACCGGCUCCUGGACGCAGAUGCUGCUCAUCACCGACUACCACGAGAACGGCUCGCUGCACGACUACCUGCAGACGGUCGCGCUCGACGCUAACAGCCUCGUCGCGAUGGCGUACUCGAUAGUGAGCGGAUUGGCGCAUCUGCACAUGGACAUCUUCGGGACGAAAGGCAAGCCGGCGAUCGCGCACCGCGACAUCAAGAGCAAGAACAUCCUCGUGAAACGGAACGGGCAGUGCGCGCUGGCAGACUUCGGGCUGGCCGUGCGCUACGUGGCCGAGAGGAACGAAGUGGACAUAGCUCCCAACACGCGCGUCGGCACGCGCCGCUACAUGGCGCCCGAGGUGCUGGCCGAACAGCUGGACGUGACCAACUUCGAGGCGUUCAAGACGGCGGACGUGUACUCGCUGGGGCUGGUGCUGUGGGAGAUGUGCCGGCGCUGCGCCACCGACGAGCAGGCGGCGGAGGCCUACGCGCUGCCCUACCACGAGUGGGUGCCGCCCGACCCCACCUUCGAGCAGAUGCACGCUGUUACGGUGGCUCGCCGCCUGCGCCCUCCCAUCCCCGGCCGCUGGGUGUCGCGCGAGCCGCUGGCCACGCUGGCCACCCUGCUGCCCGAGUGCUGGCACCACUCGCCGCCCGUGCGGCUGACGGCUUUACGCAUCAAGAAAACACUCGCCAAGUGCAUGCACUACCCCACGCUCAAACUCGUCUGACCGACCCGCCUCAAACCGAUGCCAGACUGAACUCGGAAACGGUCAGGUCAGACCUACCCCGGAAUCUCUCGACGGUGAAUCGUAGACUCGGGUCUAUAUCGAUCCUCGCCGGCGCGGCUCGACUCGACUCGAAUGGAAUCUCCACAAUCGAUUUUGCAGAGAGACGUGGUCCCGGACUUCACCAGACUGAAUCUUGGACGCCUAAUUUCGGAUGGAGUGGUGUGUACCUGGUGAAUUAUUGUCGUUGCCCUUCGGAGACGACGCGGAACGAAAAGUGUUGUGAUACUGUGACAAUAAGACGCUUUCGAAGAAUAUAAAAAUGUUGUGUACAAAGUUGAUUCCAAAAUUAUAUGGCGUUUACGCAUUUUAUUGUUUACACGAUAGCCGUAGAUUGUACUUAAGAGACGAAGAAAAGACUUAUGUAGUGUGAAUAUUAGAUACGAAAAAUGAACUGAAGUGUCUUGAUUGAGAUGCCUUCGCCACGUGUAGUAUUAACAUACACAAUAGGAUUAUAUUUCGGAGCACUCGGUUGCACAAAAUGGAAAAUGUGCCUUAUUUCCAGUAUGAGCCAAUGUUUUUGUCUAAAAUAAUGAUCUGUUAAGAUAGGGUCUUCUAAUUUUUGUAAUUUCUCAACUAACCAAAUCCUCAAUGAAUUUUAAAUUAAUGACUAAAAUGUAAAGACUCUCAUCGCUACCUACUGACAAUUAGGAAUGAAAUUAUUAUGUAAUUGUUUGUAGUAUAAUUGCACAGCCUACAUCUGUUUCAUUGUAAAUAUAACCGCACAAACCGAGUGUUACGAUAGUUAGCAUUUACUGUGCGUUAAUGCACAAGCCUUGUACAGUGUUGUGUAAAUAUAGAGGAUAAUUAUAACAUUGAAUAGGUAUCUAAUACAUGUUGGUAGCUAAGUUACAAUAAAAUAUUAAUGGACUUACUUUUGCUUUUUCUUUUUAAUGAAUCAUAUUUUAAAAGAGUCAUGGGAACGUUAAUCAUCGUCAGCCCAAAAAUAGCGUCAAUAAUGCUUGCCACCAAUUUCAAUUAAAAGAAGAUAGUUUUUUUAUAAAGUUUAAUGGAAGGGGUCGUUUAAUAUUCAGGACCGGAUUUAAGGCAGGGCAGGUGGGGGGCUUUGGCCCAGGCAGAGA